CACAUUCAAGUCCGAAUGCCACUGAAUGGACACACGUGCUGUGGGCCAACGAGUAUCCGAGGAUGGGCACAGAUGGACCACAAACCAGGCGACUUUGAUCAAGGAAUCAAGGCGGCGUGUUGUGAUGAUGCGGAAUCUCAUCCUUGGAUUCGCUUUGUUUGUGAUCGGCGAACAAUUUUCAUUUGGAUUUGGGCUGUCCGGUAAGACACGCCCAAGAUGCAAAGUUCUAUUGCUUGUGGCUCAUGCUGAUGAUGAAAUUAUUUGGGCAGGUGAAGCUUUGCUUGGUUGGAAAACCCAAGUUCUUUGCGAUGCCCAUUGGCACAUCGUCACGGCAACUUUUAGUUCCAAUCAGCGAGUGAAGGAAUUUUGGGCAAUACUGGACCUCUUGAGGUCCAAGACACGUGCGGCAAAAAUCACUGCAGAGGUUUGGGACUACGACGAUUGCAAUCAUCUGCAUUGCGACCUCUUUAAACGCGACGUGGAAGUGGGCAAUCCACCGUUUAAGGAACGGCUCAUUGAAGUGUUCCAACGAGACCAAUGGGACUAUGUCAUCACCCACAACCAGCACGGAGAGUACCAUCACAAGCAGCACAUGGGUCUCUACAUGGCAGUAGAUGAGCUCUUUCAGAAGCGACCUGAUGUGGUGGGAAAAGCGAGUUUCUGGGUCUUCAACCCUUUACCGGAGCUGAACACGUCUCUGAGUACGGCAAAAAGGAUGCUGCUACAGGAAUACCUUAAGCGUACUCCGACGAUGGCCAGAAUGUUGACUUUCAAGAGCUUGGAGAAGUAUACGGAGCAUUUAGUUCCUGCUCAUGAGUUUAGCAGACCUCCGCUCUUAGGUGUUCCAUUCUCACAAGGACUUCCAUUCUCGUACACCUUUCACUUUCUGCCUGAAGUAGAGUUGACAGCAGCAGAGAUCUACACUUUGCUGAAAGAGUACUUCGCCAAGACAUGGGAGUCCACCUGCAGUAAAGGAAGCUUCGUGAGGUAUCCUGAGACCUGCCGCUUGCUUCGAGCACAAAGUCACAGCAUCUCCCCUGGGAUGAGUCACACGCUGACUCUCGAGGAAGUCAAGCAGGCUCAAGAGGUGCCUAUUCCCAGUCCUCAGAAGGGCCCGGCAAGCUUGAGGUGUUUGGUAGCGCAGCCUGCUGACAUCUUCGGGAAGAUCACUGCUUGGGAACUCGAGAUAGAGUCCAGUGGUGUCUACAUGGAGCUCCUUGCACUGCGGCCCAUCUUGGUGGGUUGGAAACAGGGCAAGCAGAAUACCUACAAGAUUCUGGGCAGCUCUGGGCCAAUAUGGGUAAGCCGAACAUCCAAGUAUGUGAACCACAAGCAGUUGGAGGGAAUCGACAUCCAGCCCCACGAUGUGGUGGGCUUUGGCGUUUUCCUGGAUGGCCAAAACAUGAGUUCUACGGAGCUUGCCAACCAAAGCUCUGAAAAGUUGUGCAUCGGCUCCCGGGGUUGCGAAAAGGCAAACUUUUGCAGUUUCGAUAGUCUACCACCAAAGGAACUUUGGACCAAGCUUGAAGUUCGCAGGGUCGUUCCCCACGUGGAAGCGAAUCCCCCUUCCAAACCAGCUCGUCGGCAGAAGUUCUUCAAAGUAAUGGAGGCCUUGGAUAUCUCCAGCUUCGUGAAUGUCAACACCACCUAUGAGGAGCUGCUAACCCUUCGGCAAAGAUUGGAUCACCCUGACCUGGGGAUCUUCGAGGAUAAGAUCCGGCUCCGGAGGGAGCUGCUGCCAGCCGCUGGUGUUCUGGCCACCCCAAGCAUUCACCUUUCAAACGACGACUUUGACAUCAUUCGUUUCCUUCAUGGUCGGAAAAGCUACGUGGUGAAACCUUCGCACAUGUCCGAGUCACAGAAUGUCUUCGUGGUUCACGAUGGCCGAAACCUGUUGAAAAUGGCAUGGGGACAGCCGUUUAAGGUUUACCUGGAAGAGAUCCAGGAUGCAGUGAACGGUUUCAGCAAGAAGACAGCCUUGGAAUGGGAGUGUCGAGCACUGGUGUCUUCCAAACCAGGCGUCAUAGUGGAAGAGCUGGUUUUGGCUAACAAGGCCCUUGGCAAUGUCCGCAACCUCUUGGUGGAUGAGUACAAGUUCUUCACCAGCUGGGGCGAGACCAUCUUUGCUGAGAAUGUCCCCUGGUCCAUGGGUACCACUAUGGAGAUCUCUCGUGAGGGUCAUAUUUUGUCCGCCAAGGAAAGCUGCCCACCCAUCUGUGUGCCGGCCUGUUAUCCCCAAAUGGUCCAAAUUGCGGAGAAGGUCGCAACGUAUGCUCGCACUGAUUUCUUGCGAGUGGACAUUCUUAUCUCCGGUGAUUGCGAAGCUCUUUACGUCAGCGAGGUGGAACUAUUCCCUGCCAGCAACUGCACCCAAUUCCUGAAGGAUGCUGUGGCCCGCAGAUGGCGCAAUGGAUAUGGUGUGAGCUGAGCAGCUGAGCCAUGACAUUUUCAGUGUGCAACGAGUUUGUCCAUCCAAGCGGAACCGCUAGAAGGACAUUGCGGAACAUGGUAGCAGCUGGUAGCAAACUGUAGCAAAGCAAGAGGACCAGGAGAAGGAACUUGACGAUGUUCCUUGAUGAGUUGGAGAAAAAAC